AUGUCUACGCCGGAAGAGCGGGCAGUAGCCUUUAAAAAUGAUGGCAACAAAGCUUUUGCUGCCCAUGAUUGGCCGACUGCUAUCGAGUUGUAUACCAAGGCCAUUGAGCUGAACGAUAAGGAGCCGACUUUCUACACCAACCGCGCUCAGGCAAACAUCAAAGCUGAGGCAUACGGCUAUGCUAUUGCGGAUUGCACCAAGGCGAUCGAGCUGAACCCCAAGUUUGUGAAGGCCUAUUUCCGCCGAGGGCUUGCCCAAACUGCUUGCCUCAGACCCAAAGAUGCCGUCGCGGACUUCAAGGAGUGCUUACGACUCGACCCGAACAACAAGGAUGCUAAGUUGAAGCUGGAUGAAUGCAAAAAGAUUGUGCGCAAGUUGGAUUUCUUCGCUGCCAUCGAGGUCGGCGAUGAGCCCUCGGCCGCUGAAGGCCUCGAUCUCAGCGCCAUCACCGUCGAGGAGGACUACGACGGUGUUAGAUUGGGAGAGGAGAUGACUCAGGAGUUCAUCGACGACAUGACGGAGCGAUUCAAGACCGGCAAGAAAAUCCACAAGAAAUAUGUCUACCAGAUCAUCCUGGCUGUCAAGAAGCUUGUCUAUGACGAACCGACGAUGGUAGAGAUGGAGAUCCCCGAGGGUACCCAGCUCACCGUCUGCGGUGACACACACGGCCAGUACUUCGAUCUGAUGGAGCUGUUCCGUCUCAACGGAACGCCCAAUGACAAGCAUUAUUACUUAUUCAACGGUGACUUCGUCGAUCGUGGAUCAUGGUCCACUGAGAUCGCCCUGUUGCUUUACGCCUACAAGUGGCUGCGUCCCAAGGCCUUCUUCCUCAACCGUGGAAACCAUGAGACCGACGACAUGAACCGUGUCUACGGUUUUGAGGGCGAGUGCAAGGCUAAGUACAACGAGAGAAUCUUCAAGCUCUUCUCCGAGAGUUUCUCGGCCCUUCCUCUUGCGACUCUGAUCGGCACCAAGUACCUUGUGCUGCACGGUGGCCUGUUCUCAGACGACAAGGUUACUUUGGACGACAUCCGAAAGCUCGACAGACACGCCCAGCGCCAGCCUGGCCAGGCCGGUCUUAUGAUGGAGAUGCUGUGGACGGACCCCCAGGAUGAGCCCGGCCGCGGCCCGAGCAAGCGUGGCGUUGGCAUGCAGUUCGGCCCCGAUGUCACCAAGAAGUUCUGCGAGAACAACGGUCUCGAGGCCGUCAUUCGCAGUCACGAAGUUCGCAUGGAUGGCUACGAGGUGCAGCACGACGGACGUUGCAUCACUGUCUUCUCCGCACCCAGAUACUGCGACUCCACCGAGAACAGGGGAGCGUACAUCAACAUCGGCCCCGACUACGAGUUGAAGUUCAAGCAGUUCGACGCUGUUCCUCACCCGGACAUCAAACCCAUGGCUUAUGCCCAGAGUUCUCUCAUGUCGUCUCUGAUGUAA